AUGUCAAGCAUAGUCAAAAGCACAUGCACUGGCAAAGACGUUCACUUCAGCAGAUCCCAGGCCCAAUCCCCAUCCCAGGCCCAAUCCCAUUCCCAGGGCUGGUCUUUAUUUCCCACUCCGUCAAAUGUUCGCGAAGAUAUGAACACUUUUGGACUUCGACGACUUCCGCCCAUCCACGACCAGCAAGACCAAGAAUCAGAGGCUGGUGCAGAAGUAAAAGACAUUCCAUUUUAUAGACCUCCAAGAAUUUCUUCCCGGAAAGACGGGCACGAAAAGUCGAAGAAUUUGGACGGUUCAAAUCCCAUUCCGCAUACACACGAUCUGGAAGCAUUGAUCGCUUCUCCACCUCGUUCCCCAUUGCGAAUUCCGUUCGAGUAUAACGGCAGCAAAGUGAUUGAUUUUGCUCCUACAAACAAUAUAGCAUCCCACGAGUCCACACGAGAAGAAGAGCAACCACAGCCAGAGGAAAUAAUGGACCGAUUAGACCUUGUUGAUCGCCCAGAAUCGAGAUCAGAAUCUAGAGCUGAGUUCAGAUCGGAGUCAAGAGGAGAAGCCAGAGGAGAUUCCAGAGCAGAGUCGAGAGCUGGUGGUAGAAAAGCACACCGUCGUGCGAAUGCAAUGCCUUCAAUCUCGUCUCCUUCUGAGGAGGAAUCUGCAACUCGAUCGGCUUCUCGUGCUUCCGACAGAUCCUCAUAUCAGACGAAUGCGACUUCCCUCCCGCCCCUCCAACAGAAAGGUGUAGACGAGCAUGAUCAACUAGAGCCAUUGGACGAGGAGGACAUAGAUCCGGGCUCGUUUGACUUAGUUGCAACUGCACCGGAAGGCAUCAAGCCAUAUUCUUUGGAGACCAGAUCAGAGCAGCUCUUCUCAACUGAGCAUCUCCAGGUCAUUUUCAAUGACCCUUCUCUUCUCCUGCGAUUCACAGCCUUUCUCAGCUCCCAUAGACAGUCUUCUAUCCGUAUUUUGAUCUACUAUCUAGAUGCGAUCAAGGCAUUGAAAGCAAUCAGCUAUUCGAAUGCAAUCGCAGAGGCUUUGGAGCCCAUCAACGGAUACGAUUUCACCGCUGCCAGGAAUAUUAAGACGAUCAACAGUGCGCUCGAGGAGAAGGCGAAACAGGCUUUCGGUGUCCUUGUUCGAGAGGAUCUGCCGGCCUACAUCACGCACACUUAUUUGCAGACUGUUAGUUUGUCAAUUCAGCGAAGAGUAACUGGAACCUUGCCACCAAAUCUCAGAGAGGCUUCGGAAGGUCUUGCCGAAGUAUUUUGUCUAACGGAUCCCUCAAGACCAGACAACCCGAUUGUCUUUGCAUCUGAAGAAUUCCAUAGAACGACCCAGUACGGCAUGUCUUAUGUCAUUGGCCGCAAUUGUCGAUUUCUCCAAGGCCCAAAGACGAAUCCAUUCAGCGUCAGAAGAAUCCGGGAGAAGAUUGAAGCUGGUGUUGAGCAUUGUGAAGUCUUCCUCAAUUAUCGACGCGAUGGUUCACCUUUCAUGAAUUUGCUCAUGUGUGCGCCUCUUUGCGACAGCCGUGGUACAAUCCGAUAUUUCAUUGGUGCUCAAGUUGAUGUGUCUGGUUUGGUCAAGGAAUGUUCCGACCUCGAAUCUCUGCGACGUGUCGUGAUUAAAGCAGAGGAAAAUGAAACCCGCGACCAUCAUGAUGAUGACCUGGAGUAUGUUGCUGCGGAUUCAGCUCCUAAAGAUGAGUUCCAGGAGCUUAGCGAGAUGCUCAAUCUUCAGGAACUGGAUACAGUCCGAAGAUGGGGAGGGAGAAUGCACAAGGAGGCACAGGAAGAGACACAGGACACUAAUUACCAAACUGGGAACUGGGGCAAGCCUCGCUUGUUGAUCAAUUCGACCAGUCCCGAUGGACCACCUUCAUUCUCCAAACCCUCCAGCCGAGGCAGCGGUCGACUCAGUGGAAUUUACGAGAACUACCUUCUUGUCCGACCGUACCCAAGCCUGCGAAUCUUGUUCGCAAGUCCCAGUCUUCGAGUGCCUGGUAUCUUGCAAAGCCCUUUCAUGGCCAAGAUUGGAGGGUCGAAUCGUGUUCGUGACGAAUUGACACAGGCAUUGGCAGAUGGCCGUGGUGUCACUGCAAAAGUCAAAUGGGUUUCCAAGUCUGAUCUUGAAGGAAGAAACAGGUGGAUUCAUUGUACCCCCUUGAUCGGAAGCAAUGGUGCCAUUGGUGUCUGGAUGAUUGUUAUUGUCGAUGAUGAAGCUUCGACGGCCGCGGAUAAACGGUUCAAAAUGGCACCCCCUGUGGAUCCCAAGUUCGGUCGGUCUAUUCCUGCACACAAGGAUGAUAACGGCAGUCUUCGGGAUUUCGCAAUGAUGAAUGGCGCUAGACAUCGCAAUGAAAGCAUACGGGACAGCAGCAGUGUUCUGAGUCACCACGAGACGGAGAGAAGUGCCAGUCCAUACUCUUUGAGGAUCUAA